AUGCCCGGUUCAGACAGUGUGAAAGUGGCAGUACGCGUAAGACCUUUCAGUAAGAGAGAGAAGAAUGCAGGCAGCAGAUGUGUGAUUUCUAUGAACUGCAGCACUACAAGCAUACAUGAUCCUAAGAAUCCAAGCCAUGUAAAAACGUUUACCUUUGACCUGGCGUAUUGGUCACACAAUGGAUUUUUAAAGGACCAAGAUGGCAAGCUCAUUUCAGCUGGGCCAAACAGCAAAUAUGCGGGACAGAAGGAAGUUUUUCGUGACCUUGGGCAGGGAGUUCUAGACAGCGCUUGGCAAGGUUACAAUGCUACCCUCUUGGCUUAUGGUCAGACAGGCUCAGGGAAGAGCUAUUCCAUGGUUGGAUAUGGCGCAAACAGAGGCAUAAUCCCAGUGGUGUGUGAAGAGCUCUUUAAAACAAUUCAAAACCAAGAGCAGAACAAGCAAUAUCAGGUUACAUUUAGCAUGCUGGAAAUUUACAAUGAACAGGUUAUAGACUUGCUCUCUAAAAUCAAGAAGCGGGGUGGACUCAAGUUACGGGAAGAUCAACAGCAAGGCUUCUAUGUGGAUGGCUUGAAACUGGUGCCCUGUGACAGUUAUGCACAAAUUGAGAGGCUAAUGGAACAAGGUACCAAAAUAAGAACCACUGCUUCAACCAGCAUGAAUACCACCAGCAGUCGCUCUCACAUGGUCAUCACCAUUCAGUUCAAACAGAUUUUUCUUAGAGAAGACAUCACUAAGCAAUCCAUUAUAAAUCUGGUAGACUUGGCUGGAAGUGAAAGACAAAAAUCAUCAGGAUCCGAAGGAGACAGGCUGAGGGAAGGGUCACGUGUAAAUCUAAGUUUGACCACCUUAGGAAAUGUUAUCAGUGCCCUGGCUGAGGCUGCUGUAGGGAAGAAAGUAUUGCACGUCCCAUAUAGAGAUUCAGUUCUUACAAAACUCUUGCAAUCUGCUUUGGGAGGAAAUAGCAGAACUAUUAUGAUUGCAGCUAUUAGUCCAGCAGACAUGUGUUAUGAGGAGACCCUGUCAACUUUGCGAUAUGCUGAGAGGUAUAUUGUUUCCACAUCCUAUAAGAGAAUUUUCUACAUUUCAACCAAAAAGAUAAAGAACAAAGCUGUGAUAAAUGCAGGUCCAACUGCGAAACUAAUAAAUGAGCUGAAGGUAGAGAAUUGUCAUCUGUUGUCCAGAUUGUCAGGCCUUGGAAACUCUGGUAAAACGGUAGCAGAUGAAACAAAAGAGCUUCGCUGUUUGCUAGCUGAAAAUGAGCUGCGGAUUCAAGCCAUUCAGGCUACCUGGGAGUAUCGCCUGGAAGAAGCCCGGAAAGAAUGGGAGCAGCAAUAUGCUGCAGUAACUCAGGAAAGAUGGAUGAUGGAGACAUGCCCUUAUCUUGUGAAUAUCAAUGAAGACCCUCAGCUUUCAGGCGUUCUCAAAUAUUUCAUUCAAGACGGUUCUUCGGAUGUUGGUCAAUCAUCCUCAAAUGCAAUAACUCUCCGAGGUUUAGGCAUUUUGGAUAAGCAUGCAACAUUCACAAAUGCUGAUGGUAAAGUUACUAUAACACCUCGGGAUAAGUGUAAAGUCAUAGUUAAUGGUGUCCCCAUUGCUGUGAAAACUAAACUGCAGCAUCUGGACCGUAUUAUUUUGGGGUCAAAUAGUGCAUACCUCUACAUUGGACCACCUUCAGAUCGUAACAGCGAGGACCUGACCAGAUACGAUUAUGAUUUCAUUCAGUCAGAGUUGGCAGCAGCAGAAGGUUUCAGUGUAGAUAAACUUGGUGCUGCAAACAGGAAGGAUGGCAAGCCAGAUCCCAGCGUCCUUGCUGUGUUCCAUGAUUAUCUUAAGUUAAUGCCUUUGGUUGCUGAAGCCAAUCAAAUGAGUGUGGAGCUGAGGAAGGACCUAAUUUUGGAACUGAAAGUGAAAAAUUUGGCUUCCUCUGACUCUAGAGGCUAUGAUCUGCAAAAGGAGAUCAUUGUUAAAGUGGCACACAAAUUUACAAACCAGAUAUGGGUUUGGUCAAAACCCAAGUUCAUCAACAGGAAGUUUUUAAUGGAAGAGCUCUAUCAGCGUUUCUUAGAUGGAGAAGAUGUGCAAGUUGACAAAGAAAGCGAUCCAUUCUGGGAUCCCGUAGAAGUAAUCCAUUUAGGAUCUGCUCACAUCUGGCUCCAGUCCCUUGCUUAUUGCAUGAAACUUGAGGAACAAACAGAACUCCUAAAUUCUGAAGGAAUGGAGGAAGCCAUCAUACUUAUCAGUAUAAUUCCAUGCUCUCCAAAUGGCAGAGCCUUUGGAGAGGAUGAUAUGGUCAUUGAUCCUUUGGAAUUGCUGGGCAAAAGAAUUGAUUUCCAAAUUCACAUUUUACAAUGCCUUGGAGUCAAAUGGAUAAAAGAAGUGGCACAGAGAGGGAUUCAGAUUGGAUAUAAAUUUUAUGAUCUCCCAUGCUCAUUAUACACAAAGCCUGUUUGGAAAAAUGUGAACCCGAAGAUAGAAGAGCUAGUAAAAUUUUCAACCCUUAAUAUGUCCCAUGAUUUUUUGAACUAUUUGCAGAAAAAUGCUCUAAUUGUUGAUUUGUGGGGGCUUCAAGAAGGAUGUGCACAACUGGAUUCCUCUCGGCAAGACAUGGCAUUAACAAGGGAGAACUCUUUUAUCAUUGAUAAUCCCAGAGCUGAGGUUCUGAGACACACCAGUCUGGACACAGAAAACCAGAUAGCUGAACUUUACCAAAAGCUGUUAAACCUAGAGCACGAGACUGAACUGCUUAGAGAUAUUAACAGAGCUCUGAGGGAAGAAAAUGUACUUCUGAAGGAUAAAUUGAAAGCGUGCGAGAUGGAAACCCAUAUAAGUAAGAUCUUAAAAUCUACAAAACCCCAAGCUGCUAAGGUAAUUCAAUCGCCAUCAAAAGAUUCUCGCCCAGUUUGCAAUUCUCGGAUGAGCUGCGAUGCAGAAUUUGCCAAAGCCCUCAAAGCCUUCUACCAGAAUAUGAAUGUGAUCAGAGGCCAGUUUUUGAAAAUAAAGCACUGCAGAGCUCCGGAAGAAGAUAACGUGCAACUACUUCGACAUUUUGCUGAGAGACAGUCACAUAUGUUAAAGGACUUUGGAGAGCAGCUUGAGUCAAGUAUAAGUAAACUGAAAAAUGAUGUUGCUUUGAUAGUUAAAAAGAAACGGGAGAGGCUAGGUUGCAGCAAACCAUGAAGUCAUUGUACGAAAUAAAACAGUAGUGUUUCAGUAUAAUUGUUAACUGUGCUAAAGCAUAUGUUGUUUUGUGUCACUACAAAUGAAGAGGACAACUUAUGUAUUUACCAGACCCACCCUGGACACAGCUGCAAGAGGGGAAGAAUCUAGUUCCAGGAUAUGAUCUGAAGGCACUUGAGGCCAUCCCCUUGCUGAAGCUGAGCAGGUCAGGAUCUGGUCAGUGCCUGGGUAGGUGACCACCUUGGGAACCAGAUAUAUACCACCCUCAGUUCCGUGAUGGAAGAAAGGUGGGAUAGAAAUGUAAGAAAAUAAUAGUGCAUGAGAGCAUUAGAAUGUGCUGGUCAUUAUGUAUCAUUGAUAUCUCUACAUAAGUGUUCCUAAGCUCCCUGUAUGUAAGUUACUCCUGCUGUAACUCAUAGGUCCUGAGAAGUAGAUGGGAAACAGCUAUGGGUCUGCCAGUUCUGAACAGUUUCAGGCAUUGUACUGUGUCUGUGGCAGGAGAGUGAGAGUUCCAUUGACCAUUGUAGUGUUCCUCUCACACAGACAUAGGAGGAAUUGUUCCAUCAGGAAUGUUUAUACACUUUUUCAAAUUUGUGCACUAAUGCCUUAUUCAGAAUAAGCAGUGUUGGAAUACUGAUCAGUAUUUGGAAGAGUCAUUUGUCCACGUGUUUGUUCUCUAUGUUAGGACGCUUCUCACUAUAGGGGUGCCAAACUUGGCACGAGGGUUUUUUAGGUGGGAGGUAGUAGGUUAUACCGCUAUUUGAACACCAGGUACCAUUUUGAAUCAAAGUGGUGGACUGAAAUGUGACUGGUGUGACAUUUAUUGAUCUAGGCUUUCUGCCUCUUGAGGUGUUGUCACGAAACUCAAAGCACAAGGGUUCCUGAGGUGGGGGUCUUUGUCACUGUUUGGGUGCUGGGCACAAUUUUGUUCCAACUGGUGGACCAAAAUAUGACUUCACCUGAAUUUUGGUGGCACUGGUCCAAAAUGCAUGAGCCAUUUAAAAAUCACAGUAUUUUUUGGUUUCUAAAAAUACCUGGGCAGCCCUGUGCACUUCCUGCUAGUUAAUUGAAAAACACUUGGGAAUGUAAUUGGGGUAUGGGUGAUCCUAUGCUUCAGUUUUAGCAAAAUUUUAUUUUUAAGCAGCAUGUCACAUUAUUUGGGGUGGCACAGUUUCCCCCCCCCCCCAACUGAUAGUGAAAAGUGGAUCAGAAAACAAACCGCCACCUGGAUGUCCUCUUAUGUUCCUUAAAACAGCCCCAUGUUCCUGAAGGUAGCAAUGUGUGGAAGGGAGGCUAGAACAGCUAGAAGGGAAAAGCAGAAACUCAUUUACACAAAAGGGCCCUUGCUGUUACAUGCAAUACCCUUAGUACCCUAACUGUAAUUUGGCCUUAAAAGAGGGACUUAACUGGUAUUCUAGUUCCAUUUCAUGGUCUACUAAAAAUGACAGUGGAUUAUUGCUUAAGGCAUGGUUUAUUCUAAGCACAUUAGAUAACGCUAAUUAAAACGGUUGACCUUUAAGUACAGUGAUCUGUGUUGAGUUAAACAGAAACCAAGCAAAUUUGUAACCCUCUUUUAUUACACUGAAAAAUGAGAACAAAGGGAAUUAAUAAGUGCUAGAAAUUUCCUUUCACAAAGACCUAUUUUCCCUGCCUUGAGGAUGUCUCAGUACACAGGAAAGGAAUGUUAACUGAUCAGGUAUGCAAUGAAGCUACCAAUUCAAGCAAGAAUAUUACUACGCUCCCCUCCACCAAGCUCAUAUAGAAAAAACACUGCAGGCAGAGUCUAGCUAAGUACCAUGAGACCUAACAAGCAUAAUGAAUUGAUUCCAUUAGUGACAAGAGAACUAUGUUUACUCAUAGAAAUUGCAGUUGUCAAGGGGACUUGAUCCCAGUCUAUAUGAGUGUAGAUUACAGUACAGUGGUACCUCAAUUUACGAACAACUCUACAACCAAAUUUUUCGACUUACGAAUGGGGCAAAUGGCCGCACGCUUACAAAUUUCUCGACAUCCAAACGGAAAC